AUGUCUGCCGCCCUCUUCCGCCGCGCCACCGCUGCCCCGCGCAUCGCCCGUGCCUUCAGCACCUCCCCCGCCCACAACCUCGCCCGCAUCAACAUCAUCGGCAACCUCGCCGACACUCCCGAGCUCCAGGCCACUAGCACCGGCCGUGAGAUUAUCAAAUACGCCGUCGCCAGCAACAGCGGCCCCCGAGACAACCGCCACACCAGCUGGUUCCGCGUCACCAGCUUUGCCCCCGAGGGUCCCAGCCGUGACUUCCUCCAGAGCUUGCCCAAGGGAACUCUCGUCUAUGUCGAGGGCGAUGCCUCCAUGAGCACCUACCAGGACUCCGAGGGCAAGACUCGUAGCUCGCUCAACGUUGUUCAGCGCAACAUUGAGGUCCUCAAGCGCGGCGCCCAGCAGAGCGAAUGA